AUGGACCUCAAAACCAAAAGAUUAAGAAUACGUCUGUGGUGGAGCUUAUAUUCCCGGGAUCGUCUCAUCUCCUUGGGUAUGAGACGCCCUACGCAAGUCAACGAAGGAACCAGCAACGUCCCAAUGUUGAGACUCGACGAUUUUGAGUACGAAUCUUUUCAUCCAUCCGUUAUUAACAUGUUCCGUUGUCGCCAACUGGAGGACCCAUCCCACCAGAAGCGUCUGGCGACCAUGUUCAUGGAAAAAACUAAACUUUGUCAAUGCAUCGGUCGCGUGCUCUUCGCCCAGUACUCUCCGUCGCAGCGCCUGUUCGGCAUAACUAAUCGGACCACUAUUACUCUAGCCCCCAGGCAAGCCUCAGAAUCGGAGUUGGCCCGAUGCAGUCAACGACUUGACUCGUGGGUUAACUCCCUCCCAAAGGAUGCACAGUUUAUCCCUGCUUCAAAAACGAACUUUAACGAUGGAGAAGAUGUCUUACUUCUCCACGGUGCCAUGGUGAGAAUGCUGUAUCAUGCUACUAUAAGCGCCUUAUAUCGACCGUGGGCGUAUGGGUCCAACAAGGGCCAGAGCAAAUCACGCAUCGAGUUGACCAACACCGCUCGGUCAAAGAUGCACGAUGCAGCUAUAGGGAUUACACAAAUCAUCCAAGGCCUGAACCAGCUGAACCUCACUCAAUUUUUGCCACAGUCUGGCGUGACAGUCAUCAUACCUGCUACUGUGCUACACCUCGCUAACUCUAUGUCUGAUAACCCUACGGUGCGAGAAGCCAGCAUACGUAACUUCCACCGCUGUGUCCAGGUUUUGCAGGGACUGAAAGAGCUAUAUCCAGCUGCAGAUAUGGAAGUUGCCAACAUCGAAGCCGCCGUUAGAGUCCAGUCAGACAGCGCGAGUACAUUACUCAAAAUCAUGCAAUCCAACAGUAUCAAUCUAAGCCAGCCACAACCUGCCGAGCCAUAUCGGAGGGGGAGCGAUGUUGCCACUAUACAGACAUUAUCCCCAGCUGAAGACCGAACACCAGAGCAUUGGGUCUCGCCGAUAGAGACAGACACCGUGAAUAAGCCACACAACCCUGGUCCAGAGCCCCCCAAACCCAGCCCCGUCGACCAAAGGUCGAAGCAGAACAGUACUGCAAUCAGUACAGCAGCCAACAAUACUAGUACCUCCCCAUCUAAGGCUAAGCAAGAUUACCUUACCCCUACAAACGACUUUGACGAUCACUUCAGCUCCGCCUUCAACACUCAUUCUCCUCUGCCUGAACCCUCAUUCAAUCCGUCAAACUUUCUCGAUAUAGACUCAAACAACACUGAAUUCCCACUCUUCCAGUCGUCGAGCCAUCCGGAUAUUGAUAUCGACUGGGCAGAGGACUUCUUACGAGGAGCAGAUUUCAAGAUUGACUUUUCUAGCUCCUCGCUAGAGGACCACAGCAGAGAUUUCUUCUCGUUCCCGGAUAAACAGGAAGAAAACUCAAAUGCUCCUAGGAAAGAAGAGAUCACAGGUGAUUUGGAUAAAGACCUGGGGCUUAACUCUGGUGAUGAGAUGUUUUAG